AUAAAGGACGGGUCGAUCGUAUGCAAUAUAUCUGUAGUGUAAUAGGGUAUCAUGGAUAUUCUCGGUAUCAUCGACCUCCCAUUGUGGUUGGUUCUCGUCUGUCUCCUUGGUCUGCUUUUUUACUGGUACGCGACACGCCCCUACUACCUGUUCGCAUCACUCAACAUCCCCGGCCCAAAGCCUAUACCCUUGUUUGGUAAUCUGCUGACCGAAACAAAACAGGGAUUCCAUGUGGCCCAUCAACAGUGGCUGAGACAGUAUGGAGAUAUUGUUGGGUUCUACGAGGGUCAUCACCCAUGCAUGCUGGUCGCAGACAAGGCCAUGCUUAAAGAGAUUAUGGUUAAACAGUUCAACAGCUUCAGGAAUAGACGGCCUCUGGGAAGCAUAAGUGGCUAUCCGAUGAGUAACGGCAUCAUGCAGCAAAGGGAUGAAGACUGGAAGCGGUCUCGGAGUAUCCUCACGCCGACCUUCAGUUCAGCUAAACUCAGACAGGUGUGUGAGCUGGUCAGCACGUGCAGUGACACGCUUGUGGCCAACUCCCGUAAAUUUGCACAAGAGGGCCGAGAAGUGGAGUUGAAAGAUCACUUUUCCGCCUUCACCCUGGACGUGAUCGCAAGCUCAGCGUUUGGCCUUCAGAUCGACUCACAGAGUAACCCGGAUGACAGCUUCAUCAAGCACGCCAAGAAUCUCACCAACGUUAAAUUCGCUGGUCUCCUUUUCAUGUCGUAUUUUUUAGUGCCAUUCGUGCUCCCUGUGUUCAAACUACUCAACCUAUCAGUUGCACCUAAACAGCCAUUGGACUUUUUCCUCAAGGUUGUGGACCAAGCUGUCAAGGUCAGACAGUCUGGAGAAGAGACCAGGACAGAUCUGCUACAGUUGAUGGUAAACGCCCACCAUGAUGAUUCUGGGACGGUUGACCCAGAGGACGACCUCAGUAGCAGCCUGCAGUACGAUGUAAAGGGGAUGAAGAAAGGGCUGACCUCUACGGAGAUCCUUGCUCACUCGGUGACAUUCUUCCUGGCGGGGCACGAGACUACCUCGACCACGAUGUCCUUCGUAGCAUACAACCUUGCCCUUCACCCCCAUUGGCAGGACAGGGUUACCAUGGAGAUAGACGAGAUCUUGGGAGAGACUCUCCCCACUUACGACAACGUCGGUAAGUUGCAACAACUCGAAAUGUGCGUGUUGGAAUCUCUGCGCCUCUACCCGCCAGCCGUCAGGUUUGAGCGGGAAGCAGCAGACGACAUUGUCAUCAGUGGCGUCUGUAUUCCAAAGAACACCAUGGUCAUCGCUCCAGUCUUUGCAAUGAAUAGGGACCCGAAUGUGUUUCCAGAUCCGGACAUUUUCCAGCCAGAAAGGUUCAGCACUGAGAACAAGUCCCGACUUGGCCAAUACGACUUCAUGCCGUUCGGGAUGGGCCCACGGAGCUGCAUUGGGAUGAGGAUGGCCAUGGUGGAGACCAAGAUGGGACUAGCCAGAAUGCUACAGCAUUUCAAGUUUGUCAGAUCUGACCAAACGCAGGUGCCGUUGACGUUCCGGAAGUCCCCUCUGCUACAGCCAGAGAAGGGAAUAUGGCUCAAACUUCAAGCAAGAAAAUAAUAUCAAUUUUUCAUGUAGUUUGUUGCAUUUGUGAGUAAAGCAAUAACCAAGGAAUGUCAAUAUAGAUGAACCUUUUUACUCAUGUAAGUGGAAAUAUCGGGGACCAAAACCAAACUUUUUUAAUACCAAAUUUAUAAAAUCUUUAGAGACAGUAUCAAAAGCCUUUUCAAAAUCGAUCAAAAUUAAUAAACCUGGGAUGUCUCUUCUUUUUGUCUCAAACAUAAUGUCAUAGAGUAAUCUUGUGUUUUCGCUUAUAUUUCUACCAGGUAUAAAACCAGUCUGAUUUUCAUGUAU